AUGGGGUUCACUCAAUUGAACGAGAUCGAGCUUCCAGCGGCGUUCGAUGCCCAUGUACAUUUGCGAGAUGGCGAGAUGGCGCAACUUGUCACACCUACAAUUCGCAAGGGUGGUGUCAAUCAGGUGUAUGUCAUGCCAAACCUCGUCCCGCCCAUCACUACAGUGCAGCAAUGCCUCGAGUAUCGUGACAGAUUGCGGGCCAUCGAACCGAAUGUCGACUACCUGAUGUCUCUAUAUCUCCAUGAGUCUAUUACUCCAGAAGUGAUUCGUGAAGCAAAAAAGGCAGGCAUCACUGGUGUCAAAUCUUACCCUGCUGGUGUAACCACUAAUUCUUCCUCUGGUGUCCUCGACUACGAAACCUUUUAUCCCGUCUUUGCUGAAAUGGAAAAACAAAACAUGGUUCUCAACCUCCACGGCGAAGUUCCUUCCACUCCUGCCCACGCUGCCGUAUCCUCCAGAUCUGGCCCGGCCAUCACCAUUCUCAACGCCGAGCCCGCCUUCCUCCCUACCUUCAGCGCCCUACACGAGCGCUUCCCCAACCUCCGCAUCAUCCUCGAACACUGCAGCACGGGCGCCGCUCUCUCCGCCGUCCGCGCCUGCGGCCCCACCGUGGCUGGCACAAUCACUGCCCACCACCUCUCCCUCGUCAUCGACGACUGGGCCGGGGACCCCUUUUGCUUCUGCAAGCCUGUUGCCAAGACGCCCGAGGACCGGGACGCCCUGUUGCAAGCCGUGGUCGGUAGCCAGGGGCGUUUCUUCCUAGGCACGGAUUCCGCGCCUCAUCCCAGCGUCAAGAAGAGAGGAGAGGAUAAAGUGGCAGCAGGGGUGUUUACGCAGCCGUAUGCGGUGGGCUAUGUGCUUGAUGCCCUAGCGAUGGGGGUGCAGAGGGGUGUUAUAAGCGAGGACGAGGUUAGCCAGGAGAUGUUGGAGGGUUUUUUUGGGAACUGGGGGCGUAGGUUUUACGGGGUUGGGGAUGGAAGCGGGGAGAGGGUUUUGUUGAAGAAGGGGGUGGAGACGAUCGAUGAAGUGUUGAGAACGGAGGGGGUGGGGGUCGAGGUUGUGCCGUUUAGAAGAGGGGAACAGACUUGGGGUGUGCAGUGGAAGUAG